AUGGACGCAGUGCCUGUUGAUCGCGGCAUCAAGCGGUCUCGUGAGGAAAAUGUACCAGACUCCACAUCACCCUUCCCGGCUGCGAGGGACGUGGCCGCGUCCAUCCAGGACCAGGUGCAGAACUUCUUCACGCAACUCGAAAUGGGCGAAAUCCUCGAGCACGACCACGACACGACCGAGGCAGUCAUGACAGGUGCCGAUGAGUCCGCGCAGUGGGCUUACGGCAGCGAGUACUACCUUCGCCACGACGGCGACGAUGACAAGGAACACUCAUCGUACUCGCACACCUCAGGUAGUGCUGCCGCCGCUGCGGCUGCACAAGAGAGGAGCAGCGACACUCAAGCAGACAAGGCGCGCAAGGUUAUCGUCAAUCUAGCCAUGGCGCCUCCGCCCUUCUUCACAUCUGGAAACGAUUUCGAAGCGAGCACACUGUGGCGUAAGCCGGAAUCCACAGCACAUGACACCGACGAUAUUGACGGAGACCUCGACGGGCGCAGCGCCGACGUCACCUCCUGCUUCCUGCACGAGGCUUUGCGGAUGUCUGACGUCGACGUUCUGGUACCGGUCGUCAGCCACUCUUGCAGCCUCGCCGUGAGCGCCUCGAAGGGGAGUCGAGCCCUCACUGCACUCGAGCGGCUGAUGGACCGCGAACGCGCGAACCGCGCUGUCAUGGACACGUCCAAGUCCGGUCUGGCGCGGCUCCUUCAAAGAGACACGUACGGCCGUGUGGUGAAGGAGGGGGAGACGGCGGUGGCGGGGGUGGGGGGCGUCUCUGCCCCCAGCCACCUGCACAGCAGCAGCCUCUCCUCCUUGCCCGAAGACCGCGGCAUCGAUGGUGAUGGCGAGGAAGAAGAGGCCAAGUACCUCAAGUGUCAGGUGCGCUGGGAGCUGGAGCGGCUUGCUGAAACGACACGGCUUUGUGGUGCAUCGGAUGGCUCUUCCAGCACCGCCCCAGCCACUGCGACUGGUGCGGCGGAGUUGCAGUGGGGAAGCGGCCAGGAGACCCGCCGGCAGCGCAAAGAAGACCAACUCACUCGCAUCGAGGAGCGCAAAGCGCAGGUGGAGAUGCUCGCCAGCACCGCGGAUGAGGUCGAGCGCCGAGCCGCCAUGCGUCGCCAGUGCGAGUCGCUGCCCAUCCGCCACUGCAAAGAAGAACUUCUUCGCUAUAUUGGCGAGAGUGCCGUCACUGUGGUCAUGGGUGAAACCGGCAGCGGGAAAACGACCCAGCUCGUCCAGUACCUGUAUCAGCGUGGCUACGCACGGCACGGAAAGAUGAUCGGGUGCACACAGCCGCGGCGGCUCGCCGCCAUUGGAGUGGCUCGUCGCGUCAGCGACGAGAUGGGCUGCGCGCUCGGCACCACGGUCGGCUACUCGAUUCACCUUGAUGACACAACCACCGCAGACACGCGCGUAAAAUUCAUGACGGACGGCGUGCUGCUCCGCGAGACAGUCAGCGACCCGUCACUGGACAAGUACAGCGUCGUGAUGCUUGACGAAGCCCACGAGCGGUCUGUGGACACGGACGUGCUGAUGGGCGUGCUGAAGCUCGUCCUACGCCGCCGCGGGGACUUGAAGCUCAUUAUCACCUCUGCUACGAUGGACAUCCGAAAGUUCUCCGCCUUCUUUGGCAACGCGCCGUGCUACGAGAUCCCGGGGCAGACCUUCCCGGUGAAGAUCCACUACAGCCCGACGCCGGUGGCCGACUACGUCGCCGAGGCUGUGUUUCGCGUAUGCCAGUUGCAUCUGCAGAUGCCACUGGAGGACAAGCAAGACAUCCUCGUCUUCAUGACAGGGCGGGCCGACGUCUAUGGCACCUGCGAACUGAUCCGCCGUCGGUUGACGGAACUCAGCCCACAGCAUCUCAGCACCCUCCUCAUUAUGCCGUGUCUCUCAGAAGCGGCCUCGGCGUGUUCCACAAAAAUCGGAGUGCUUGACGCCACGCCAGCGGGCAUGCGCAAGGUUGUGGUGGCCACCAACGUCGCCGAGACGUCGCUGACGAUCGAUGGCGUACGCUAUGUCGUAGACUGCGGCUUCAUGAAGACGAACGUAUAUCGACCGUCCAUUGGUAUGAACACGCUGCAGCGGUACCCCACUUCGCAGGCGCAGGCAAACCAACGCAGAGGCCGUGCCGGUCGCACCACCGACGGGACAUGCUACCGCCUCUACACAGAGGAGCAGUACGCUGAGGAGAUGCUGCCGAACAGCGUGCCAGAGAUUCAGCGCAGCAGUGUAGACAGCGUGGUGCUGCUCCUGAAGAGCAUUGGUAUUCACCGUCUUCGCGAAUUUGACUUCAUGGAUGCCCCGCCGGCAGCUAACGUGCGGAACAGCAUGUUUCACUUGUGGAUGCUCGCCUUCCUGGAUGACACCGGCGGCAUCACAGAGCAGGGGCGGCAGGCGCUGGAGUUCCCCAUGUCCCCUGUGCUGGCAAGGCUUCUGUUGGAGAGCGUCAAGAUGGGGUGCGCGCUGGAGGUGUCCCGCGUCGUCUCCAUGAUCUCGGCGGAUCCAAAGAACCUGUUUGAGCUUCCAAAGGGUCGCGAGAAGGUGGCGCAGCAGCACCACAGUCGCUUCUACUCGAACGACUCGGACCACCUGACGCUGUUGCACAUCUUCACGCAGUACGUAGACCAUGGCCGGUCGCGGCAGUGGGCGCAGGACCACUUCCUGCACGCCCCCACUCUGGCCAGGGCCAACGACGUGUGUACGCAGCUGAUGGAAAGGCUCCGCAAGGUGCACCUGCCCAUUCAGUCCUGCGGGCAUGCGGGGAUGGACAAAGUGCGCUACUGCCUCGCCAAAGCCUUUGUCCUGCAAGCAGCGCAGCGAUCAGAUCGGCGGUGGACGGAGUAUCGGCCGCUGCUGAACUUAGGCGUAACGUGCGCAGUACAUCCGGCUUCCGCAGUGCACGCGCGCAGGGAGAUGCCGCCCUACAUCAUCUACAACGAUCUGCUGCUCACACACAAAGAAUACCUGGUGAUGGUGACGGCGGUCGAACCAGAGUGGCUAGUAGAGAGCUCACGGGGCAUCUACGAAAUGCGUCACAGCUCAACGUCGUCAUCGGCGGUGACGGUGGUCUCGUCGUUUGCGACGGGAGCAGCAGUCACUCCGACGCCCUCCACUGCCUCCCGAACUCCCCAGGGAUCGAUGCCCUCGCCACUGACAGCGCCCAGCCGCAGCGCCAACAGUCGCACAAGCGUCGCUGCGGCAGCCAAGGCAUCUGUGAAGAAGUCCGCUCUCGGCAUGCUGACCCCCAAACGCCGACCAAACAUAUGA